AUGGAGGCGGCGGACGGCCCUGUGGAAUGGCAUACUCGCACGCGCGACAAGUACCGCAUGGUGUACAGUGAGCAGCAGCGAAAGGGUCUUGAGCGCGCAUAUGAGCAGAACAAGUUCAUCUCGAUAAAGACCAAAAUGAAAAUGGCCAAGGAACUCAAUCUUUCAGAUAGACAGGUUAAAAUCUGGUUUCAAAAUAGAAGAGCAAAGGAAAGACGACAGAAAAACAAGGAAUCAGAAGAUUACAGAGAAAAUCACAUUCCGCCAAGUGAGGACAGCACUCUUGACUCCUCCAGCGGGAACGAUGUGGGGAACUCGUUGCCCACUGUCAAUGUUGGAGUUACAGAGCCUCCCUCCUGCAGGUUCAUAACGACUCAAAUCCCGCCUAUGGACAUGGACUAUUUAGGAAAAGACCAACGGGGCUUGAAUGACAAGACGAACAGUUCAAAUAUCAGCCAGUUUCCGUCUCAUUCAGUAAAUAAUCAAAGCAAUACAUCCUUGCAAACAAUAUUGCCAUGUAAAUGGCCGUCAGCAGAAAGUGGAAUAUUAUUACCUAAUACUAAUAUGUCGCCACUUAGUUUUUAUCUUGACAUGGGAUAUGAUCCUCGACUAUGA